AUCUCACAGCAUUGGCAUGCAGCAGCUCACCUCUGCUCCAGUGCUGAGCCAGUCAUUCUCCCCUCCAUGUGUCCCCCCUGGAAGCCACCAGGAGCUGUCCCCAAGCUGGGUGUCCCAAGGUGCUGGUCCCUGCUCCCAGCUCCGACUGGCAGUGCCCUGGGGCUGGGAGGGCAGGGGAGACUCGGGGCUGUUUAACCAUUAAACCUGGGGCGUCUUGGAAGAGGCGGGGACACUUCCCUGCCACUUCACCCUGUACCUUGCUCCCUCCGGCAAUCCCUGCAGCCAUGAAGCAAACAAAAGGUAUGUGAAUCCUCUGGAGACCCUUCCCCACACACAGACCCUGGGCCAGAUGGAGCAGGACAAUGUCAGAGCCCAGGCAGCCUGUGGAAAGGAGCCUGAGGCAUGCAGGAAAAUGUCUCCUUGUGGGGAUGCUGGGGAGGAAUCCCGUCUCUGGGUGUGGGGUUCCUUGUGCCCAAAGAGGUGUGAAGGGGUUUAGGGGUGGGGGGGGUGUGCCAGGGAAGGUUUCUGUUUCCUUCUUCUGGCUCCAGCAGCUCUCUGGGGUCCUGGUGAACCUUCUCACCUCUCACUGAAGAACCCUGUAAACCUCCAGGACUGAGCCCCAUCUGCUUGGCCCUGCUUUGGCCCCAGCAGGCUCGAGGGAGACAAGAUGUCCAUCAUAAAAUUUGAAUUUAACCCCAAAGUUGGGAUCGACAACCCUGCCUUGACACUGACUGAGGACACGGACGGUGAGGGAGUGGGGGAGCCCCGCUUCUACCUCCUGACCAAGGAGAACACAGAGACCUUCGGCUUCUGCCUGCAUGAGGAGCUGGUCUGCCCUGGCCACAUCAUCCGGCAGAUUGAGAUGGGGGGGGUGGCCCAGCGCAGGGGGCUGCAGGACGGGGACCGGCUGCUCCAGGUCAAUGGUCACUUUGUGGACGACAUGGACCACCUCAGGGUGGUGCAGAAGAUCAAGGCCAGUGGGAACCAGGUCCUGCUGGCCGUGCUGGACGGUGACUCCUACGAAGCAGCCAAGUCCCUGGGCAGGGACCUGUCCCAGAUGCUGCCGGAUGACAUCCGCCCGCGCCUCUGCCACGUCACCAGGGACAAAAGUGGCUUUGGCUUCAGUGUGUCGUGUCCAGAAGGCACCAAGGGCACCUUCCAGCUGUCGGUGCUGCAGGACGGGCCAGCGGACAGAGCAGGGGUGCCACCGGGCUCCUGGCUGCUGGAGCUCAACGGGGACAGCGUCAAGAGCUACUCCCACACACAGCUCACCAGAAAGCUCAAGCAGAGUGGCAACAAGGUGACACUGCUGGUGGCAUCCAGCGCCGUGGAGGAGUUUUAUCGCCUGCGGGGCCUGCGGGUCACGGCUGCCUUGGCAGACACCUCCAGGCUGCCCUUCAAGGUCCGGGAGCUGCACCUGGUGAAGGGUCCUGCUGGCUACGGGUUCCUGCUCAAGGAGGAUGACUGCAGCUCGGGGGGAGUAGGCCAGUUCCUGUGGGAUGUGGAUGCGGGGCUGCCGGCUGAGCAGGCAGGGAUGAAGGAAGGGGACCGGGUGCUGGCAGUGAACGGGGAGAGCAUCGAGGGGCUGGACCACGAGCAGACCGUGGACAGGAUCCGCGCCCGCGAGGACCAGGUGACGCUGCUGGUCAUCGACCCCGCUGCUGAUGAGUUCUAUCACUCGAUCGGGCUGUCCCCCCUGCAGUUCUUUGAGGACAGUGACCCCGCCUCAGGCUCCUGCACGCCCUCCCCGCCCUCUCGGAGUGGCUCCCCUGCACUCUGUGAUGUGGAGGUGGCACCCAAGGGACCCAUGUCCUGGCUGAUGGCUGCUGCCAACAGUAUAGAGAUCAUACAGAGCCAGCGCCAGGAGGAACACACGAAGCUGUGCCAGGCAUUCUAACAGCCCAGGAGCCUCUGGACAGGCUCUCCCACACAGCACCUCCACACAGGCCACAUCCAGCCCCUCGGGCCUCAGCACUGCUCAGCAUGGACCCUGCACACGCAGCUCCUGUGUCUCCAUGCCUGGCUCACAGCAUGACACUCCCAGGGACUCGUCUCUGCUCACCGAGGCUGGCUCAGAGCUUUUACCAACCACAGUGGCAGCUCCUUGCAACCUGACCGCAGACCUGUGUCUUUACCUGCCCAGCUACCUCCAGGGAUUUCUCAGGACAUUGCACUGAAGCCCUCGCCCAGCUCCAGGCUCUGGGAGUUCCCAGGAGAGCUGAGGCACUGCCUUCUGCACCAUGGGACUUGAGGGUUGGUUCAGAUCUGCACGUGCAUGGACAUCUCUCCUGUGCUUCUGCUCUCCCUGAACCUGUGGGCAGUGAGUGUCCACCACCACCCUGUUCCUGCACCGCCCUUUUGGGGUGUGAUUAAAGGACAAAUCCACACUG